CAAUGUCAGAAAUGUUAUUGUACCUACAUUUGCGAUUUAUGUGUAAUGUGUAUUGUUAUUUCGAUUCUUCAAGUAUCUUGGUGAUAUUAUAAUAUAAUUUUAUUACAAAUAAACCUUGUUACUUAAUACCAUUCGUAAAAUAGCUAUUUAAAUUCAAGUCUUAAAGUACAUUGUUUUUGAAGAAUGGCGGGCCAAGGGCAUCAAUUUCCCGGCAACUUUCAAGCGAAUGCAGGAGCUAUGAGGUCUGGAUAUGGUGCCGGUCCGAUGGGAGGACAAAUGCAGUCUAUGCCGAAUCAAUUAGCAGGAGUGAUGGGUGGACCAAUGGGAGCAGCUGGUAUGGUUGGUAUGGGCAAUCAAAUGGUUCCUCCAUAUGGAGCACCGAUGCAGAAUCAAAUGGCUGCUAUGGGUAUGGGCGGACAAGGUAUGGGUGUUGGUGUGGGUGCCGGUCCGCCAGCCAUGGGGCCUCAAGGUGUUCAACAGCAAGGGGGAAUGCAAACUGGUACAGUGCAGACUCCGACAGCGCCGGCCCCACCACCUGCUCCUAACCACCCGCCGCAGAGCAAGGAAUUCAAUACAGCUUCCUUGUGCAAGUUUGGUCAAGAAACAGUGCAAGACAUAGUAAGCAGGACGCAAGACGUGUUCCAAACGUUAAAAGCGAUACAGCCACCGAAUGGGACACAACAUGGUGAGAACGCAAGCAACGAUAAGAAGGCCAAAAUGCAAGAACAAUUGAGAACUAUAAGACUGCUGUAUAAACGCUUGAGACUGAUUUACGAUAAAUGUAAUGAGACUUGUCAGGGGAUGGAAUAUACUCAUAUGGAGAGUCUCAUACCCUUAAAGGAUGAGGCUGAUAACAAAGCACUUGAUGAAAGACGAAACACUGAGUCGUAUCGACUCGUUUUAGAAGAAAAUAAGGAACUCACUGAACAGGUCGUCUUGAAGAAUAAGCAGUUGAAAGAUGUUAUAACGAACCUUAGAACAAUCAUAUGGGAGAUCAAUGUUAUGCUUACUAUGCGGAAAUCUUAAUUUUAGUAGAUAAUUUAAUUAUGUAUAUAUUAUUUUUAAUUUAGCAUUUAAGAAAUGUCGUUGUAUUGGAAAUAAUGUCAUGUAAAUAUAGUUUUAAUAAGCUU